AUGGCGACUGGAGAAGAGCCUCCCACGGCGUCCCCCGCGCAGCAGUCGAACCCUGCUAGAGGCUGGUGGAAACGGCUGCGGGGGUCUAAUGCCCCUGAGACGCCCGCCAUUACAACGAGUCAAAGCCCUUAUCGCCCCAGAAGGACGCUGGGUAUUCUGAGUGACAAGGAAACAGAUGAAGUGCCUGGGACUGUUCUUCUGCUCUCGUCAAACCGUAAUGAGCCUCUCGGUUUGGAACAUCAACCGCACCGCGAAUCCCAUUCGUCGCUGCCAUCGCCUUAUCCACUGUCCCGUUCCUCUUCUCGUGCUUCUCGUGCCUCUCGUGCGCGCCAGCAGAAAAAGAAAACGCCGGAUGGCAACAUAGUGUUGGAUCCUCAACCCGAUGACUCCAUGAAUGAUCCUCUCAAUUGGCCUGUAUGGCGACGAGAUGCAGCUCUGGUGUCGUUGGGGUUCUAUUGCCUGAUGGGGGGCGGUAUGACCCCAAUUCUUGCUGCCGGUUUCAGCCAAGUAGCUGCUGCGUAUGAUGUGACCACCCAGAAAGUCGCAUAUACGACAGGGUUGUACAUGUUGGGUCUCGGGAUUGGGUCGGUGAUCAUGUCUCCUACAGCUAUUCUGUAUGGAAAGCGGCCGGUAUACCUCCUUGGAGCGACCCUUUUCAUUCUUUCGGCGGUCUGGUGUGCGCUGUCGCCCAACUACCCGAGCUUGGUCAUUGCUCGUAUUUUCCAGGGCAUUGCAGUAAGCCCGGUCGAGUGCCUUCCCUCUGCAACUAUUGCCGAGAUCUACUUCCUGCACGAACGGGCGUACCGGGUCGGCAUCUAUACCCUCCUGCUUCUAGGAGGCAAGAACCUGAUUCCCCUAGUGAGUGCAGCUAUCAUCGGGAGUCUGGGGUGGCGCUGGGUUUUCUGGAUUGUUGCUAUCGUUGUUGGCGCUUGCCUCGCCCUUCUUUUCUUCUUUGUCCCCGAGACGUUCUGGGACCGCACACCUCGGCCACGAAAGGCUCACAAGCGCCCCAGCUUUUACCGCAGUGUGUCGAACAUCAUGUCCCAUGGACUACGCGGUCGACCGCCUCACGCUCAUCGCCUGGAGGAGAAUCCUCCGGAUGAUGACCUCAACUCCCAAGAGCCGAAGAAGUCCAAGAAGGGUCAUGUUGGGUUUGUGGAUGACCAUGAUGAGGAACCAGAGACCAUUUCUGAGAAGAUAGAGGAGCCGGCUGGCCAAGAUCCUAUAUCCGAGUCGCUGGACCCGGGUCCGCCGAUCACGUCGGCGGCUCGGUACACCAACCGACUUCGGGAUCAGCCGCCUAUCCCGUUCAGUUACUAUCUCCGUCCAUGGAAUGGCCGGAUUGCUCAUGACAACUGGCUACGUGUCGCGGUGCGGCCAUUCAUUCUCUUCGCAUACCCCUCUGUGCUGUGGUCGACGGUGGUGUAUGCCCUGUCCGUCGGCUGGCUCAUUGUGCUGUCCGAGUCGGUUGCUACCAUCUAUGAGCAGCGAGACACUUACAACUUCACCGCGCUGCAGACCGGUCUCAUCUACAUCUCGCCCUUUGUGGGGGGCCUGCUGGGGACCGCUGUGGCCGGUAAGGUGUCUGACAUUAUUGUACAAUAUAUGACACGACGCAACGGGGGCGUCUACGAGCCGGAGUUCCGGCUGGUGAUGGCGAUUCCCAUUGCUAUCUCGACCACCAUCGGACUGAUGGGAUUCGGUUGGAGUGCACAGGAGAAGGAUGCUUGGAUUGUGCCCACGAUCUUCUUCGGUAUCAUCUCAUUUGGAUGCUGCCUGGGUAGUACGACAUCCAUCACCUUUUGCGUCGACAGCUACCGCCAGUAUGCUGGGGAGGCACUGGUGACAUUGAACUGGAGUAAAAGUAAGUUGCACCAAAACCACAGCAUUCCCGAGUGA